AACAACUGGACCGCAUUGAAGAAGGAAUGGAUCAAAUUAAUGCUGAUAUGAGAGAAGCAGAAAAAAAUUUAAGUGGAAUGGAAAAAUGUUGCGGCAUUUGUGUCCUUCCAUGCAAUAAAAGUCAAUCAUUCAAAGAAGAUGAUGGCACCUGGAAAGGUAACGAUGACGGAAAAGUUGUAAAUAAUCAACCGCAAAGAGUCAUGGAUGAUAGAAAUGGAAUGAUGGCACAAGCGGGAUAUAUCGGCAGGAUAACGAAUGAUGCUAGAGAGGACGAAAUGGAAGAAAACAUGGGUCAAGUAAACACAAUGAUAGGCAACCUCCGCAACAUGGCACUGGAUAUGGGUUCUGAGCUGGAAAAUCAAAACCGUCAAAUUGACAGAAUUAAUCGAAAGGGUGAAUCUAAUGAAGCGAGAAUAGCUGUUGCUAAUCAAAGGGCCCAUCAACUAUUAAAAUAAUGAGACUUUAAGGCGGCGAAUACAUAUUCAUAAACAUAAUAACAACUUAUUAAAAUUUAAUAUUUCGAUUUGUGCGUGUGCUUCUGAUUUGUGUUGUUUUCCUUCUUUUCACCCUAUUUGUGCUUCAAAAGUUAUAAAAAAAAAUUGUACACUCAUUAAAAAUGUAAUAUUACGUUACCCAAGAAACCUAAGCAAACUUACAACUUUAUUAUUAUGUAUUUAUAUGUAUGUAAAUGUAUAUUUUACUAGAUUACUAGAUUUUACUAGAUUAAGAUUAAACACCACAAUUAAUAGCACAGGUCGAAAAAAUUUAGAGACUUCCUUGACGAAAGACCAAAUGCUACAAAACAUGAUAUGAUUUUAUCUGUAGAUUGCGAAUGCUUGCCUAAAAACUUUCCAUCACGUCAUAGCUUUCAAAUAAAUAUUUGACGUUUGGGCACUUUUUAAGGCUUAUUUAGAACUAAACACCACUUCAGUUGUCAUUAAAAACGCAUUUUUGUGGGAAUUUUUUAUCUAAUAUUUUUUUUUUGUAAAAGUUGAAACCAGACACUCACAAGACAUUGAUAGCUCCAAGUGCAGAGGAAAAACAAAAACAAAAAUAUAUUUAGAUAAAUGCAGUUUACUCAAAUAAGCAGAAAUUCCAUAAGAAGUGCCUUAACGAGCAGUAUUUGGUGUUUUGACCAACAAUUUUUCAAAACUGUGACAUGGUGGGAAGUUUGGGGUCGUAGAUUUUGUAAUUUUUAUGAUUAGCGUAAUUCGUAACACGAUUAUAAA